UCAAGCUCAUGCACACUGCGUCAGACAGAAACCGUGCAGCCAGAGGUUUUAUUUUGUCUAUUUAGGUCUUUGGUAAGCGCCAGGAUUUAAAAAUGCCAGAUGCCGCUGGCCAUUUGCCCUUUUUCUAUGGCAGUAUUUCACGUACUGAUGCCGAAGAGUAUCUCAAACUAGCUGGUAUGAAGGAUGGCUCAUUUUUGCUGAGACAGUGCCUUAGAACCCUGGGUGGAUAUGUUCUCUCUGUUGUUUACAAUCUGCAAUUUCACCAUUAUCCUGUGGAAAAACAAUUGAAUGGAACGUAUAUUAUUGUAGGGGGAAAACCUCACUGUGGGCCUGCUGAACUUUGUGAAUAUUACUCAAAAGAUGCAGAUGGAUUAUGUUGUGCUCUCAGGUGGCCUUGCAAUCGACCUAGUGGAGUAGAAUGUAAGCCUGGGGUAUUUGACAGUAUACGGGACAACAUGAUGAGAGAAUAUGUCCGACAGACAUGGAAUCUGGAGGGACAGUCACUGGAACAAGCCAUUAUCAGCCAGGCACCACAGGUGGAGAAACUUAUAGCCACCACUGCCCAUGAACAGAUGGCAUGGUACCAUGGAAACAUUAGCAGAGAUGAAGCACAACGCAAACUAUAUUCUGGAGCACAGCCAGAUGGCAAAUUUCUGAUGCGAGAAAGAAAAGAUGCAGGGUCUUUUGCGCUUUCUGUAGUUUAUGGCAAAACCGUAUACCAUUAUAAAAUUGAUCAUGACAAAUCUGGAAAAUACUCAAUUCCUGAAGGGAGUAGAUUUGACACCUUGUGGCAGCUUGUUGAGUACCUCAAAAUCAAGUCAGAUGGGAUCAUAACCGUCUUAAAGGAAGCCUGUCCUAACGCCAUUAAUUUCUCUUUUCUUGUAGCUCCUGCGCCACCUUCCCUCCCUAAAGGUAGGCCAAAUGGAUCAAAUGGUUACACACCUGAACCUUUCGAUGGAAAGUCGAGAAUCUUACCAAUGGACACCAGUGUGUAUGAGAGUCCUUACAGCGAUCCAGACGAAUUAAGAGAACGCAAGCUUUUCCUGAAAAGAGAUCUCCUUCUAAUAGAUGAAGUAGAGUUGGGCUCAGGAAAUUUUGGAUGUGUCAAGAAAGGUGUCUACAAGAUGAAGAAGAGACAGAUUGAUGUAGCCAUCAAGGUUCUGAAAAUACAGAAUGGUAACGAGAAGACAAUGAAGGAUGAUAUGAUGAAGGAAGCCGAGAUUAUGCAUCAACUGGAUAAUCCUUACAUUGUCAGGAUGAUUGGAGUUUGUGAGGCAGAAAGCCUCAUGCUUGUGAUGGAGAUGGCAUCAGGGGGGCCCCUCAACAAAUUCUUGGCCGUCAAGAAGGACUUGAUACCAGUUAGCAACAUAGUAGAACUUAUGCACCAGGUUUCCAUGGGAAUGAAGUAUUUAGAAGAGAAUAACUUUGUACAUCGCGACCUUGCAGCUCGUAAUGUUCUUAUGGUGAAUCAGCACUAUGCUAAAAUCAGUGAUUUUGGUCUCUCUAAAGCCCUGGCUGCAGAUAACAGCUACUACACGGCUCGGACAUCUGGAAAAUGGCCUCUGAAGUGGUAUGCCCCAGAGUGUAUUAAAUUUCUAAAAUUUUCUAGUAGGAGUGAUGUAUGGAGUUAUGGUAUAACCAUGUGGGAAGCAUUCAGCUAUGGACAAAAACCAUACAGGAAACUCAAAGGUCAGGAAGUCCUGAGUUUCAUUGAAAGAAAUGAACGUCUGCCUUGCCCCACCAAUUGUCCUAAAGAGAUGCAUCAACUCAUGUUAGAUUGCUGGAUUUUCAAGAUGGAAGAUCGUCCUAAUUUCGAAAAUGUGGAAUCUCGCAUGCGUCUUUAUUACUACAGUAUCUCUAACAAAACCGAAGAAGCAGAAAUGACAAAGGAGUAGUGAACAAGACAUUCUGUGUACCAUAAUCUGAAUCCCAUCUUUAUUUCUAUCUUUUGUUUAAAAGCAAUUAAACCUUGCAACAAAAAUGUGUGAGAUUAAUUGAGUAUACAAGAGGAGCAUCAUGGUUUUUAUGUUUGUCAAAGCCACACUUUGAAGCUUUUUUAGACCACACCAAAUAACAGCAUAC